GAAUUUUAACUGACAAGUUUUUGAUGGAUUUAGAACGUGUUCGAGGAUGGCCCAGUUCUGUUGGUGUCUGAAUUUGGAAUAUUGCGUCAAUCAUUUGGCUUGUUACUGAUAUGGAAAUAGUCUGACUUUAUUGUUUUUGUGGUUCUUUAAUCAUCUUAGUGGUUGACGGUUGAGAAAAUUGGAAUUGCAUCAUCAGAUAAUUGUUAGUAAUGUGGUGAUGUUGAGAUUUCUACUGCAUCUGAGAUGAACUCAUUUAUCAAUCAUUUUGGCUAGUUGCUGAUAAGGAAGUAGUAUGACUUUAUUGACUGUGUGGUUCUUUAAUCAUGCUAGUUAGUAAAGUUUGGAAAAGUUUACAACUCUAACAUCAAAUGAUCUGUAAUGUGAUGAUACAAAUAGCAGUAGUCAUCAAGUGAUCUCUUUUCUUGGGUGAUUAAUUUCUGCUUUGGUUUUACAGAACUAUUGGAUUUUGCCAUAGAAAUCUCUUUACAUGUACAGUUAAGGGAAAUAUAGUUUCUUCAUUCUUGGUCAAUUUCAGAGUUGAAAUGAUUGCAAUCAGUUGGCCUCUAAAUUCCCUGGAUGCGGCUUCUUGCAAUUUUGAUCAUUAAUAAGUGAUGUGGAGGCUCGAUAGAACGGAGAUGACUUAUUGAUGAAAUUGCAGCUUUAUUUCGGGGACAGUUCUGUUGCAUGGGAAGCUUGUUGGACCUCCUUGACAUUGGAGAGGACAUCAUGGCGAGGAAAGUUGGUACACAUAAGAGACAUGUUGGUGGACUGGAGGCUCCUAGAAACAGUUUGGAACUGCCAAUGGAAACAGCCUAUGGCUUAUAUGCUGCGAGAGAUAAUAUACUGUAUGCUCAUGACAUGACAAAGGAGUUAGCUGCUAAGGACUACUAUUCCUCCGGGGCUCCAAUAAAGAAGUUAAUUAGUGAAGAGAUAUCUGAAAGACCAAAUUCCAAAAAAAAUGCACCAAGUGUAGUGGCCCGACUAAUGGGAGUUGAUACGUUACCUUUCGAGUCAAAAUCAGCACCACAACUGGUUUAUAUGAAGAAUGAAAGUAAAACGGGCAAGUUGAUGGAUAUCAAACGAUCAAGGAAGGGCUCAGAUGGUCAUGGUAUCUCUACAUCAAAUUGCUCUCAGCAGCUGGAAGCUGGCUGCUUUGGCCAUUACACUGACAGAUAUGCUGAUCAUGACAACAGCUAUAUGAAGUUGAACAGGCCUAAGCCUCGAGAACAUCCUCAAGAAGAGGAACUGCAAAAGUUUAAGAAAGAGUUUGAAGCAUGGCAAGCAGCAAGAUUUAACGAAUGUUCUAAUGUUAUAAAAUUUAGCAGUGCCACAGCCCAGUUGAUUGCACAAGAGGACCUCAACAGAGAAAAGAUGUUUCUUUACGCAGACUCUAAGAGAAUCACAAAUAGCGAGAGGCUGAGGGAACCUAAUGAUUUUGCAGAAAUAGUAGAUCAACACCAAAUGCUUACUUCUGGCAGCUGCAAAAAGAAAAACUUAUGUUAUUCAGCUGAGGGAUAUUUGAAUAGAAUCCCAAGAACAGACUUUAGAACCUCUCAACUCAUGAAUUCUGACCAGAAACUUGAUAAUGUUUCUGCUCCUUCCAAGAUUGUGAUUUUAAGACCUGGCCCUGACAGGAUCGACAUCAAUGAGGACUUGUGGAACAGUACUCCCAGCAUUUCAGAAGAGAGGGGUAGUAUAGAAGAUUUUCUUGAAGAGGUGAAGGAAAGGCUGAAGUCUGAGUUGCAAGGUAAAAGUGCAAAAAGGAGUACAACUGUUAGAGGAGGAGGAAUUGAGACACCUUAUUGGGAAAAGCCGUCAGAACCAAGAGAAAUAGCUAGGCGGAUAGCACAAGAGGUCAGAGAUAGUGUCUCAAGGGACCUUGGGAUGAAUUUACCCCGUUCAGUGUCUACAAGAUCAAAUAGAAGUGAAGUUCAGUUAAAUGCAGCAGGUUCUCCUGAGUUCAUUCACAAAGAUACAAGGAGAUUCUUGGCAGAGAGAUUGAGGAAUGUUCUCAGAGGAGAAAUACAUCAAGAAGUGCCAAAGGUUGUCCGUAAUAGUUCCAGGUUAUCCAUGUCGGAUUUUGAGAAGGGUGGAGCUGGACAAUCAAGGGGUACAUGGAAAGAUGGUAGAACUAGUUAUCCUCAGUGUCUUACAGAUGAAUUAGAAAAGCAAAGCAGGUCUUUCAGAGGGGAGCUUAAUGUGGGUGAAAUGCAUCCCAAGGAUUUGUCUCCUAGGAAUCUAGUUAGAUCUUUGUCUGCUCCCGUAUCAGGAACGUCCUUCGGGAAACUCCUUCUGGAGGAUCGCCAUAUAUUAACUGGAGCCCAGAUCAGGAGGAAGCAUGAAGUAAUUGAGAAGGUCUCAUUAAAUAUUGAAAAACAGAAAAAGGACAAAUUUAACAUAAAGGAAAAGGUUUCGAGCUUUAGGUACAGCUUGACACUUAGAGGGAGACUGUUUCGUAGGAGAGUUAAGUUGGUGGAGGGAUCGGAACAAAAUCAAAAGAACCUCUUGAAAGAUAUCACUAGUGGACCAACAGUGGCGACGAGUUUCUCUGAAACACAUGAGAAUUCAACUGAAGUGCCACCAAGCCCUGCAUCUGUAUGCAGUAGUGUUCAUGAAGAAUUCUGGAGGGCAGCCGAUUACUUGAGCCCCAUAUCAUCGUCAGGUGCACAUCAACCGGAGGAUAGCGAAAUGUCCCAUGUUUUCAGAGAAAUAAAUUCAAACUUGAAUGAGCUAAGGAGGAAAUUGAAUCAACUUGAAGGAGGUGUUCAAGAGGAAACUAUAAACGUACAGCAGCCCGCUGAAGUGGAAGCAGAAAUAGAUGACGAAGCUGAAGCCUACAUUAGAGAUUUGCUCAUUGCUGCUGGUUUGUAUGAUGGUUCGUACAGUCGAUCUCUUUCGAAAUGGGACCCACUUGGCAAGCCUAUCAGUACUCAGGUCUUUGAAGAAGUGGAAGAAACUUACCAGAAAAACAUAAAUGAUGAAGAAAGUUGUAGAAAAGAUCAUGGAGAAAAAGUAAACCACAAAAUGAUACUUGAUUUGUUAAAUGAAGUACUGCCAUCUAUACUGAGAGAACCAGCAAACAUGUCUAGGUAUGCGGAAAAGGCUAUUGGUCGCGUGCAAAAGCCUCCCCAUGGAAGGAACUUACUAGCGCAAGCAUGGAAUAUCAUUCAAGUAUACAUACAUCCUCCGGUAGAUAGAUCUUAUUAUGCUCUUGAUAAUAUGUUGGCCCGAGAUUUGAAGUCCAACCCGUGGUCCAGGUUGAUGGAUGAUGACAUAAAUGCUCUGGUUCGGGAUAUAGAAUGCCAGAUCAUUGGAGAUAUGAUUGAGGAAAUGGUCAAGGAUAUCUACUCGUAACAUUGAGGAAAGAUUCCAAGAGUUGUGAAUCAUUCUCGUCUGACGGAUUUGCUUGAUAUACAUGGUGGAAAUAAUGGUAGAACUUGAGUAGGAUCAACAAAACAGAACUUGCUGAUAAAGUAUCUUGACAAGUAAGUCAUGCCAAUAACAAGGAAAAAUGUAUUCAAUCAGUGCGGUAGCGAUUUAAAGAGGAUUGUUGGGUUGAGUUGUGUGUUUAUUAGAGGCUGUAUAGAAAGUUGAUAGGGAAGUUACUGUGUAUGAACUCAUUUAGCUGUUUGUCAUAAUUGGUUUUGUAAUUUUGUA